CUUCCUUUCCUUGAGGAUACUCUUGGCUUGGAGUUCGGGGCCGUUUCUCGUCCUUAGAGAAGAAGUCCGCAUUCAUUCCGUAGCGAGUUCUAGUGUUUCAUCAGGCAUCCCUGUGGCCACUAAGGUUCAGAAGUUGAUCCAGACAUUGUUGACAUGGCAACAACAGACAGCAUGCAGGGUUUGGAUGACGUCAGGAGAGGAGCAGCAGGGGGUUCUGCUGACAGUGUUCUCACCUGGCAAGGAGACAGACAUGAGGAGUCUGGGGAGGAGUCCGGUGGGAGAGACAAAGGUGUGAGAGUGUACAGGUGUGAGGAGUGCAGCAAGGAGUUCAGUAAGCUGUGUAAUCUAAAGACUCACACGCGUACUCACACAGGGGAGAAACCUUACAGGUGUGAGGAGUGCACCAAGCAGUUCAGUCAACUUAGUGAUCUGAAGACUCACAUGCGGACUCACACUGGGGAGAAACCCUACAGGUGUGAUGAGUGCAAUAGGCAGUUCAGCCAGCUGGGUCAUCUGAAGUCUCACAUGCGGACUCACACAGGUGAGAAACCCUACAGGUGUGAGGAGUGCAGCAGGCAGUUCAGUAAGCUAAGCAAUCUGAAGACUCACAUGCAGACUCACACAGGUGAGAAACCGUACAGGUGUGAAGAGUGCAGCAGGCAGUUCCGUAACCUGAGUAAUCUUAAAGAACACAUGCGGACUCACACAGGGGAGAAACCUUACAGGUGUGAGGAGUGCAGCAGGCAGUUCGGUGUGCUGAGUAGUCUGAAGAGGCACAUGCGGACUCACACAGGUCAGAAACCCUAUAGGUGUGAUGAGUGCACCAGACAGUUCAGACAGCUGGGUGAUCUAAAGACUCACAUGCGGACUCACACCGGAGAGAAACGUUACAGGUGUGAGGAGUGCAGCAGGCAGUUCAGUGAGCUGGGUAAUCUGAAGAAACACAUGCAGACUCACACUGGAAAAACUGAAGGUGUAAGGGACGGAACAGAGAGUUCUGUGAACUUUAUUCCAGAUAUUGCUGAUAUGGCAACAACAGAAGGCAUGCAGGGUUUGGAUGACGUCAUGAGAGGAGCAGCAGGGGGUUCUGCCGACAGUGUUCUCACCUGGCAAGGAGACAGACGUGAGGAGUCUGGGGAGGAGUCCGGUAGGAGAGACAAAGGUGUGAGGGUGUACAGGUGUGAGGAGUGCAACAAGCAGUUCAGUAAGCUGAGUAAUCUGAAGAGGCACAUGCGCACUCACACAGGGGAGAAACCCUACAGGUGUGACGAGUGCAGCAGGCAGUUUAGUCAGCUGGGAGAUCUGAAGUCUCACAUGCGGACUCACACAGGAGAGAAACCUUACAGGUGUGAGGAGUGCAGCAGACAGUUCAAAAGGCUGAGUAUUCUGAAGACACACAUGCGCACUCACACAGGGGAGAAACCCUACAGCUGUGAGGAGUGCAGCAGGCACUUCAGUGACCUGGGUCAUAUGAAAAGACACAUGCACACUCACACAGGGGAGAAACCUUACAAGUGUGAGGAGUGCAGCAGGCAGUUCAGUCAGCUGAGUGAUCUGAAGAGGCACAUGCAGACUCACACUGGGGAGAAGCCUUAUGGAUGUGAGGAGUGCAGUUGUCAGUUCAGUAGGCUGGAUAGUCUUCAGACUCACAUGCGUACUCACACUGGGGAGAAACCCUACAGGUGUGAGGAAUGCAGCAGGCAGUUCAGUGUGCUGAGUAAUCUGAAGACUCACAUGCGGACUCACACAGGUGAGAAACCCUAUAGUUGUGGGGAGUGCAGCAGGCAGUUCAGUCAGCUGAGUCAUCUGAAGUCUCACACACGGACUCACACAGACGAGAAACCGUAUAGGUGUGAGGAGAGUGCAGCAGGCAGUUCGGUGUGCUGAGUAGUCUGAAGAGGCACAUGCGCACUCACACUGGAGAAAAAUGAAGGCAUAAGGUAUGCAUCAGGCAGUGAACUGCCACUGGGAUGUGUGAUAACCUGAAGAAACAUGUACAUU